GCAACAGAAACAAAGUCAAAAGAAGUCUAGAAGUGUAUCGACAUGUCAAGUUUGUAAACGAAUCUUCAAGUGUCGUAGCAGCUUGAUAAUUCACAUGCGAGUACACACAGGAGAACGUCCUUACACAUGCCACAUUUGUGGAAAGGGUUUUAGCCAAAAGAAUGGUCUAGAUUGUCACCUGCGACGUCACGAAGGAAAAAAACCAUACAAAUGUACACACUGCAAUUACAGUUCUGCUGUAAAGAUUGACAUCAUUCGUCACAUGCCUGUUCACACUGGAGAGUUUAAUUCUAUUUGUGACAUUUGUGGCAAACCUUUUAGAGAUGACUGCAGGGUCAAGGAACACAUAAGGCAAGUUCACCUUCGAGAACGAAAAUACAUGUGUGAUCUAUGUGGAUUUAUGACCCACACACUUCAUAUUUUGAAGCGUCAUCAUCUUGUGAAACACACCAACCUCGAGAAGUUUGAGUGCCCUAUUUGUCAUGCUAUAGUCAAACAAAAGGGUACCUUUAUUGUUCAUUUACGUCGACACACGGGUGAGCGUCCAUAUGUUUGUGAACAGUGUGGAAAGGCCUUUCGAUGCUCAUCCUAUCUUCAUAAGCACCUGAAAGUUCACAGUGAAGGUGAGCACGAGUGUCAAACAUGUGGUCGCAAAUUCAAAAAUAAAAGUCAUGUUCAAAGACAUGCUGUUAUUCACCAAGGAGUGAAGCCUUUUCCCUGUCACUUAUGUGAUUACUCCUGUAACGUGAAAUGUAAUCUUUUAAAGCAUAUCCGCACUGUACAUAAAAUUAAAAAUUAUAAAAUACAGAGCUUAGAAGAAAAAGGUGAAAAUAACUCUAUGACCGAAGAUGACGAGGCUGUAAAGAGAGGACGAAGUGUUACUGAAGUAUUCCUUCAAAAGUUUUCUGAAAAAACUGGUGCUGACUGUACUGUUGAUAAGCUGUUAGAAAAAGAGUUAAGCUCUCAAGAUUCUACAGAAAAUGGACCAGGUGGUAUCAAUGAAUGUGAUCAAAGUAAAAAAGAUGAGCUCUUAAGUAGAAAGUUCCAGGACAACAGUUCUGUUUUGGCUGUUUCAGAAGGUGAACAUCCGUCCGCAUCUGACAUCACUGAAAACUGGUCGAAAGGAAGGAGUGUGUCUUCUAGUGAAAAUGACAUACUAGCUAAUGCCAUGAAGAUGUUAACUUCUUUAACAAAUGUAGUUCCUCGAGAAGAGGAAAACCAGAAACUGGAAAGUGGUAAUUUAGAUGAUUCAGUUGUAUAUCCUAUAGUCUCUUAUUUUGAAAGUGAUGGAAAUAAUCAGCAUGAACCAAUCAUCAGCCUUCAGCUGGCACAAACUGAACCCUGUGGUGAAGAUGUUGCUGCAUUUGUUAUAGAGUUACAGUCUGAGCAGAAUGUUUAUUCAAAUUAACACAAUUUUCAUAUAUUUACUUCAUAGAAAAAUUAAUAAACUGACUCUUUGUAUAAGGUAGGAAGAAAAAGAUAAUUUAACAAUUUAAUCUAAAAAUCGUAGUAGCUUAUGAUAUGAUUUGUUUGUUUAUAAUUAAGCACAAAGCUACACAAUGGGCUAUCUAUAAUAUGAUUUAAUCUAGAAUUUUAAACUUUGAUUAGUUGCUUUUUUUUCUCUUUUUUUUUUUUUUAAAUCGAUCAUUAAAUUUUUUAAGAGGGGAGGAUUAUAUGACAAUUUAUUUGUACUAAAAGCAAACGUGAAAUUCAGAGAUUGUAAAAUGUGUUCAUUUUCAUUAAUUGCCUAUUUUUUUAGGAUUAAUUAAUUUCUUAUUAAAUUAUAAAAACCCACAAAAUUGUGUUUAUUGAUUUACUGUUAUCAUCAGUGGUGGAAUGGCAUUGUUAGAAUGAAAAUGUGACAAUGACUGCAUUCUGGAAGGAAUGAUGCAUUUAUUUUUAAAUUAUAAAACAUGUUAUAAAGGAAGUACCUCUAAAAUAUGGCUUUUUCUAUAUUUUACCCAUAUUAAAUAAAUGCUUUAUUUUUGGGCUUCUCGAUCCUUUGCUUAAAAAAAAAAUGUGCUAACUACAAUUGACUUUAAACCUCCAUCUUGGUUUCUUCAAGUAAUUUCUUUCCAGUUCUACCACUGGUUGUCACACAUUAUUAAAUCACCACAAAUGAAAGAGAGUCCAUUUUGUUUGCAAACUGCUGAAAAUGUUGAUUAUGCAUUACUUUUUUCAUGGUUUUUAAAAUACUCAAAUAUAACUUGUAUAGACGAACUGCUUUCAUUUGCAUGAGAUUAUGGCUUAAUGUGUAAUGAUUAUUCUUCCAUUAUCAAUUUUAGUUUACUUUUUUAAAACCCAAAAUUUACUUCAAACAUUUGCUUCUGGUAAGUUGCAAUAUAGUUUUUAAAAUGCAAGGUGAUUAGAAAAAAACAAACGUGUAACAUUAUUAUUUCUUAAAACCGUUUUUUUUUAAAUAACUAAGUUCUAUCAGAUGUACUGAGAAUCGUAUCUUUUAUUCGGGAAAGUUUGGACAUGGUAUAGGAUGUUUCAAAAAGUAAAAUGGAAGUUGUUCAAUAUGCCUUUUGUCAUUCUCAGUGAGAAUAUUAAACUUAUUUAUCAUAGGCAUCGUCUAUUUUUGUACAGUGUAAUAUUGAUAAUAAACUUGGUGAAAAUGCAUGUAUAUGAAACAUCUCUUCCUAAAUAAAAUCUUUAAGAUUUUUAUAGUGUUACUUGUUGGCUAUUGUGUAUAAAAUUUAUAUUAUUUUAAGAAGCCCUUCAUUUGUGAUGGAAUAUUUGAAAAACAGUGUGACUCCUUUAAAUAAAAAUUUUAAAAUGAGAAACUAUUAUAAAUAGUAAUUUUAUUGUUUAUCUUUCAAUCACUUAUAAAGAUGUUUUCAUGCUCUGUCUAUUUCAGUCUUCGUUUACAGAUGGUUCAAAAUUUUUAGCAUUUUCUUAAGUGUACUAUGGGUUAAUAUCAAAUGUAUGAUUUUAUCGAAGUGUGAAAAAUGUUGACUAUGGCCUAUAUCACCCUCUGAUGGCACUAAAGACAGAAAUAGCAGUAAAAGAUAGCUUUUCACAAACAUACUAACAACCUGUAUAAGAGCCUUAUUAAUAGUACUGUAAUGAAGGGUAGACUUUGAUCUUCAAAGGUUUGGAACAGGUUAACAAACGGAGGUUUGAACCUUCAAUAGUACUAAUUUGCAUCAUUUACCGAUGAUAUAACCAUAACUACUAAUUCAUAUUUGAUUAAAAACUCUUUUAUUUUAAAGAUAUUCCAUAUAAAUGAAAAUAAAAUAUUCACAUGUAGUUUAAAAUCUAUUAUAUAUAUAACAGUAAUAUUGUUUAUGUACAUGUAUUUGGUGUUACGUACGAUACUCGCAGAGCUAUAUACAGUAAGCUUGCAAUGGAAAAGCACACUACUGUUGCCAGUUAAAAGAAAACAGAUGACUUAAGCAAAACAAAUCUUUAUUUAACAGUGAUCAUUUUAAGUAGGCUAACAGUCAUUUUAACAUAAAAUUGUUGAUUAAUUGAACAUAUCUAAUAAAAAGUAAAACAGAACAGAAUAACACUAACAGUUUGAUUAUAGAAUAAAAAUAGAUCUUUAACUAUACCAAAAGGUUACAAGAAAGAUUGUUAUUAUAAAUUACAUUUUUAACACCAUUGCUGAUUAAGUAAACAUGUGCCUUGGGUGGGGGUUAGAGUUACAAAGGUUUGCCUUUUUUCAACAUGAAAAUUAUUAAUGUUAACUGAUAUUUUAUGUUUCAUACUUAUUCUAUCAUAAUGCUUAUCUUACAUCUUGUGCAUUUCUGAAUAAAUGAGUUACUAAGCAUACCCCCUCCCCACCCUGUGCUCUAUCAUAAUGGUUUAGUACAUUGCAUAGGAGAUGUUGCUAGGUUCAAGAUUUUGGUGGUUGGGUUUUAUUUUUAUUAUAACUUUUGUUUAAGUAAUAUGUAUUAUACAAUUCAAAAGAUGAAAUUUCCUGUGUGACAGACAUUUUAAUGUGUGAUUACUAUUCAGACAUUGUUAAUUGGUAUCAUUUUCUUGACACUUGUAUAUAAUGUUAAAAUGAUAAUUAAGAAACAUAUAACCUUAAAAUCGAUACACAAUUAAAAACGUUUUUAAUUCAGGCCAAUCUAUGCCCUCUGAUGAUGGUGUGGUAAACGUUGUAACAUGUAGAGUCCACAUUUUCGAUAUUGGUCUGAACUAAAACUGUUUUUGUGUAUCGAUUGUAAUGUUGUUUCUUAUUUAUUAUUGUUAAUUGGUUUCUGUUAACAAGAAAAAAAAUCUGACAUUACUUGAAUGAGGUCUGAUGAACCAAAAGAGUACUCUGUAUGUGCUUAUAAAAUACUGAAAAUUUUGAACCCGUCCCUUAUUAAUUAAUCUUAAUAGAUACAGUUCACAAGUAAACUUUUCUUUUAUAGUGAAAUAUAAUUUAACAUUUACCAUUAGGUUGAAUAAAGUGCUGUUAUGCAACACAAAAUUGAAAAUUACAUUAAAACAGAGGAGCACUUGUAUGAAGUUUUGUAUGCAUAUAUAAUUUUGUUAAAUGUUGAAAAU